GAUGUCAGAGUCGGGUUCCGGCUCCGCUCCGACGUUCCCGCGCCGGACGCUGACAGCUGUCCGCCACGAACACGGAUCGGACGGCGCCGCUGCUGUCGGCGAAGCGGGGCGGGCGCCUUUCGCACCUUACCGACUAGGGCCCGCUGGAGAUCAGACGCGGCGGAGCGGCGCUCUACACGGCGCCCUCCCAGAAGCAGAAGCUAAUCCGCUAUCGCUGUCGCCAGAAGGUGUUCAGGAGGGACUCGGCAGUCGGGCGGAUUUUCUGUGGAAGAAGAGAGCGUCAGAGACGGUUCAGAGAGGACGGUGGGGCAACGGUGCUGCAGACUCCCGGGUGAGAGACGAGAAGAAGAAGAAGAAGAAAGGACGUGAGGAGGCGAUGGCAGGCCGGGGGCUCUCCGCCCCUCUCCUCCUCCUCUUCCUCGUCCUGGUGGUGGGACUCGUCCCCGCGGCCGACGGCUCCGGCUACCUGUCCGGUUACCGGCAGAAGUCGCGCCCGCAGAGGGACCGCCACUUCCGCAACAUCCGACCCAACAUCAUCCUCAUCCUCACCGACGACCAGGACAUGGAACUGGGCUCAAUGCAGGCCAUGAACAAAACCCGGCAGAUCAUGGAGAAGGGCGGCACGCAUUUCUCCAACGCCUUCUCCACGACGCCCAUGUGCUGCCCGUCGCGCUCCUCCAUCCUGACGGGCAAAUACGUGCACAACCACCACACCUACACCAACAACGAGAACUGCUCCUCGCCCUCGUGGCAGGCGCACCACGAGCCGCACACCUUCGCCGUGCACCUCAACAACUCCGGCUACAGGACAGCCUUCUUUGGUAAAUAUCUGAACGAGUACAACGGCUCCUACGUGCCCCCUGGCUGGAAGGAGUGGGUCGCGCUGGUGAAGAACUCUCGCUUCUACAACUACACCCUCUGCCGCAACGGAGCGCGAGAGAAACACAGCGGCGUCUACUCCAAGGACUACCUGACGGACGUCAUCACCAACGACAGCACCAACUACUUCCGCAUGUCGAAGAGGAUGUACCCUCACCGGCCCGUCAUGAUGUUGCUGAGCCACGUGGCGCCGCACGGCCCGGAGGACUCCGCCCCGCAGUACAGCACCGCCUUCCCCAACGCAUCGCAGCACAUAACUCCGAGCUACAACCAUGCCCCCAACCUCGACAAGCACUGGAUCCUGCGCUACACGGGCGCGAUGAAGCCCGUCCACAUGCAGUUCACCAACAUGCUGCAGCGCCGCAGGAUGCAGACGCUGCUGUCUGUGGACGACAGCGUGGAGAAGCUGUACAACAUGUUGGUGGAGACGGGGGAACUCGACAACACCUACAUCAUCUACACCUCGGACCACGGCUACCACAUCGGGCAGUUCGGUCUGGUCAAGGGCAAAUCGAUGCCUUACGAGUUUGAUAUCCGAGUGCCCUUCUUCGUACGAGGACCCAAUGUGGAGCAAGGUGUCACUAAUCCUCAUAUAGUGUUAAACGUCGACUUGGCACCGACUCUGCUGGACAUGGCCGGACUGGAUAUUCCUGCAGAGAUGGAUGGCAAAUCCAUCCUCAAGCUGCUGGACACAGAGAGGCCAGUCAAUAGGUUCCAGUUGAACAGGAAGGGUAAAACAUGGAGAGAUUCUUUCCUGGUGGAGAGAGGGAAGCCUCCGCACAAGAGAGGAGAGGAAAUGGCCGCCCAGGAGGAGAACUUCCUGCCAAAGUACCAGCGGGUGAAGGACCUGUGCCAGAAAGCCGAGUACCAGACCUCCUGCCAGCAGCCCGGACAGAAGUGGCAGUGUGUCGAGGACCCGACCGGCAAGCUGAGGCUGUAUAAGUGCAAGAGCAUGGCCAGUCUCUACGCUCCACGCAUGCAGGCCCUGAUGGCCGGCGGCGCCUCCCACGUCCAGCCGCCUCCCGCUUCCGACUCCGACAGCUGCAACUGCGACGACGUGGGCUUCAAAACAUCCUUCCUGAAGAGGAAGAGGCUGCUCACCAAGAAGAGUCCCUCUGUGUCGUCUUAUUCAAAGAUGAAAUCCAAGAAGACCGCCUCCAGGAAGCGCUGGGCGCGCUCCGUGUCCUUUGAGCUGGACGGCGACCUGUAUGCCGUCGACCUGGAGGGCGGCUACCGGCCCCGGGGCUCCGGGAACAGCAGCGGGGCCAGAGACGGGAGGAGGGGAGGGGAAGGGAACGAGGAGGACGACGAUGAGUUCAGCGGCAUGGGAGUCACAGCCAAACCCGCCGCCGGCGGAGGCAGGAAACCCACGCAACCUGCCGCCCUGAAAGUCACCUACAGGUGCUCCAUUCUCAUGAACGACACGGUGAAAUGCGACGGCGGCCUCUACAAGUCUCUUCAAGCGUGGAAAGACCACAAACUGCACAUUGAGCACGAGAUUGAGACCUUGCAGACCAAAAUCAAGAACCUGCGUGAUGUCAAAGUUCACCUGAAAAAGGUGCGGCCCGAGGACUGUCAGUGUAACAAGCCACGUUACGUCCCCAAGAAUAAAGAGACGUUCAGGCUCAACGCAGGGCGCGUGCACUCGUUCAGGAUGCCAUCCAGGCAAAAGAACCUGUGGCUGCAGAAGGAGCAGAAGCACAAGAAGAAGCUGCGCAAAUUCCUCAAGAGGCUCCAGAACAACGACACCUGCAGCAUGCCCGGCCUCACCUGCUUCACCCAUGACAACCAUCACUGGCAGACCGCCCCCUUCUGGACAAUGGGCCCAUUCUGUGCCUGCACCAGUGCCAACAACAACACCUAUUGGUGCCUCAGGACCAUCAAUGACACGCACAACUUCCUGUUUUGUGAAUUUGCUACCGGCUUCCUGGAGUAUUUUGACCUCAACACUGACCCAUACCAGAUGGUAAACGGCGUGAGCACCCUCGACCGCAAUGCUCUGAAUGCGAUGCAUCAACAACUCAUGGCGCUACGGGGCUGCAAGGGACACAAGCAAUGCAACCUGGAGAAAGGAGGAAAGGAGCGAAACUACUUCAGCGAAUACAGGCCAGUUCAUCGUCGAAAGAGGCCAAAAGUGAAGAAGCCUUCCUCCAAAUCGCUAGGGCAGAUCUGGGAAGGGUGGGUUGGGUAGCUGCCCGCAUCCCUCAACCCACCGGAUUGGCCUCCGACGGAGAAGGAAGGAGAAAGGAAAGGGGGGGGGGCAAACCCGAGGACCUUGACCACACUUCGAUGGACCAUAACCUGAGAUACUACUUUACCCUGAUCCGGGGUUUUUUUUUCAUUUUUGAGAGAGCUGCUCUUCGUAACUCUAAACCAGGCAGAAGGAGACGCUGAGAGGAAGCUGAAAGGACUCUCCAAUUGUCCGUUCUGCCUUUGCACACAUCUAAUUUCAUCCUCUGUCACCCCUCAGCCGUCAGAACCAUUAACAUUAACAGGAUGCUGUGAAUCAAGGUGGGACCGUUGGAUGUCCGCCAGCCAUUCUGUCUAACAGUACUGCUUGUACAUAAUAUAUAUCGGCUUUAAUCCGCUUUCUUUCAUGUCAUACGGGACCGGGCGGGAAAACAACUCUGCUGCUACUCAACGAUGUCAUAGCCUCGCGAUGUCUCAUGCCGAUUAUUUUAAAUCAGUAACGCUCGGAGAAACAACAAGACAUAUUUACUUUUAUUUCUGCACUGACGUGUCUCACAUGGAAAGCGUUACGGACUUUGGAACGACCGGACAGGACUCUCUCCGCCGUAAUCUUUUGUAUUAUAGUUGUUCUUAACGCCGCCGAAUGUCCUUUUUGAUGAAGCGUCAUCUCUUGCUCAAAGCUGUGUGAGAUGUGAGGCGUCUCGCCCCGAACCGGCACACAGUCAUCACCAUCUCACAACGAUGCAGUCCAGACCUGCAGAAUAUUUGACCACCCGGGAUGCGUCGUUAGUGAAUGCCCUUUUACUCCUUUUGUAGAAGGGCCAUAAUCGUGUGUUCAGCUUGCUAUACAUGGUGCUAAAGGAUAACAAUAAAGACGGAAAAUCUUGCAGUACAGUACAGUAUGUAUUUGAAUGUAUGUCGUGCAAUUAAUAUAAAUGUUUACAAUAUUUUUUAUAAUACUGAAGAGGCCGACCUCCUUGUACGAUAUGGGCUGACGAAACGGACUUGUCGGGAGAAAUGUAGCUUGGGAAAUGCCAGAACUUACGUAUGUUUGUCCUUAUUUACAUCGGAAAAAAGCACUUAAUGGGUUCACUGUGAAGAGAUGAGCCAUGUACGUUUAACGGCUGUAUGGUUUACUCUGUGCCAGAGAACAACACAACAGUGUCAUACUUAUUGAUGUGGCUGUUAUAGCUACCUGCCUUUGUUAGCUUCUUUGAUAAUUUUAUUUUCUAGCAAAUAUUUCCAUAGACCUGAGCGCUGGUAGUAAUUGUGAAUAAAGUUGUUGUUUGACCAUUAA